AUGUCCUCGCCGUUGGAUCAGGCCGAAAUAUUGAGCGGCAACGACUUGUCGCGCAUCUUUCAGCUAUGGGACGAAAAACAUUCCGUAGCGGGCUACGAUCCAGAACCGAUCGUAACUCGACUGGCGGAGUUGUUCGAAGCCGAAAUCGAAGCAUACAUGAUGAAAGACCCGGACCCAUUUGACGAGAGGCAUCCCUCCCGCACGGAUCCCAACUGCGAGCUUGGCCGUAUGCUAAAGUCGCUCUUCCGUAAGGACCAUUUCAUGACGCGGCUUGUGAAUGAUUAUUUGCGAGACAACUUCUUCACCCGGCAGAACGUGCAGCAAAGCUCCCAUCCGCUAAAUGUGGCCGCUUGUCGAUUAAUUUUAGUCAUCAUGCCCGGACUAGACACGUCGGCCGUGUUCCAGGUAGAGUACGAUCAUCUGAUCAAGCGGCUGUAUGCUUGGGCCGAAUCAAGUCCGGAACCGCUCCAGAGCUAUGCGACUGGAUUGCUGGGAGCGGCGAUGGAAGUUCAAGAGAUAGCCGUCAGCUUUCGGGAGCAAAAUAUUCGCCUCCUUCCGAUUAUGUUGAACCGUUUGCACAAGCUACAGCAACAGCAUUUGCUUGCCGAAAACCGGAAGCCUGGAACGUCUAGGGCAAGUUCUCCAAAGGUCGUCGCGCAAGAACCAGGAUCAACGCCGUCGGCAGCACCUCCAAAGCAGGAUGGAAAGCAGGAAGAUGCAUCCAACAUGGAUUUAUCAGCAGCCGAUAAUGGAUCUUCGGAUAUGGAAAAUGAUGUAUUGGUGUUGUAUAACCCUAUAGACGAUAAUUCAAUGGAGCUGGAAGAGAACGAUCAAAAUAUAUCACUCACACGUAAGGGAAGACGUGGGAUCAUGAUCCCUAUUUACCCUGUAACAAUCGCUACGAGCCAGAUGUUGAUACUGCACUACCUUACACCCAUGGGCGAGUAUCAGGAGUUCCUGCCACACGUGUUCGAGCACAACGCGAUGCAUCUUAUUUUUCGCUACAUCGAACAUCUCAAUUCCAAGGACACCUGUCUGGCGUUCGAGGCGCUGAAAUAUCUUGCCUCGCUGUUGUGCCACAAAAAGUUUUCGCUUGAAUUCAUCGCCAACGGUGGCCUGGAAAGGUUGCUGAAGAUACCUCGACCGAGCCUGGCGGCGACGGGUGUCUCAAUUGCGUUCUAUUACCUAGCCUACUGUGAGGAUGCCAUGGAGCGCAUUUGUCAAAUGCCCCGCGAAAUCAUCACCGAGAUGGUGUCGUACGCGCUCUGGCUGUUGGCGUGCCCGCAUGACUCGGGCCGCUGCCAUGCAACGAUGUUUUUCGGGUUGAGUUGCCAGUUCAAGAUAAUUCUGGACGAGUUCGACAAACAGGAUGGCAUCCGGAGGCUGUACAAUGUGAUAGCGGUGCUGCCGGUGCUAGUUGUUUCCGAUGACUAUCAGAUGAACGAGGAUGAGGAGGCAGCUGAGCGGCAGGUGAUACGGCACGUGUGCGUGGCUUUGAAAAAGUACUUCGAAAACCAUCUGUACUACAAAUACAUCCAAGUGACGCGCCAACAGGAACCAUCCGGCACCGUAUCACAGCCCGUAUUCAAGGCUGUCAAGAACUCGCCAGAGGUGAUCAGCCAGCAGAUAACCACGCUGCAGGAGCUACUACCAAUGAAAGCACACUGGGCACCCGUGGACGAGCUGCUAAAGGUGGGCGGCGUUAAUUUACUGCUGAGAAUCAUUUCUCUGACAUUCGAAUGGAGCUACAGUGGACGCGGCGACACGGUACGUUACGCGCUGGACGCGCUCAGCGUAUGCACCGUGAUAUCUCGCGUGCAUCACGUGUUCGUGGAAACCAUCGAUUAUCAUGAGGGAACAACCACUGGAAUAAGCAUUUUGCUUAGCGCGGUCGACGGAGAUGUUGCAGAUACCGAGGUGCAGAAGUCGGCCUUGGCACUGCUGGUGCAUUUGGUAUGUGCACCGAUUCAUCGGCCAAGCGGGUCCGUUGCACGAUUCGGCUCGGCGAAAAAGCGCAUGCCGAACAAGAGCAGCGAGGAAUUGAUUCAGAAGGUUUGGGAAAGUGUUCGUUCAAACAAUGGCAUCCUGGUGCUGUUGGCGUUGAUGCACAUCAAAGUGCCAAUAACGGAUGCGGAUUGUAUUCGCGGGAUGGCCUGUCGUGCGCUUGCUGGGUUGGCCCGAUCGGAAACUGUAAGACAGAUCGUUGGAAAACUGCCACUUUUCGUCCAUGGGGAGCUACAAAGUUUAAUGCGAGAUCCGAUACUGCAGGAAAAACGGGUUGAACAUGUGCAGUUCCAGAAGUAUGCUCUGGAGUUAAUGGAGCGCGUAUCGGGGAAAUUGGACACGUUCGGUAACCAGCUAGACACAUCUCUGUCGGAUAUCCACAAAGCGAACGUGGUCGCCCAGACGCGUAUACAAUUCAAUGAACAACAGUUGUACCAACUCUUAUAUCAACACUUUGUCACCAGCGGGUUAAAAGAGACGGCAAGCACACUACUGAAAGAGGCGGGCCUCAGCUCAACGAUGCUGCAAAAUGCGCCCCAUUUAUCGCUAUCGAAUCCAGCGUCUUCCAUAUCACGCUCGGCCGCUUCGCUGCACUCCCCGUUCGUGUUCCGAUCGCCUAACACAAGCAUAAUUCAGCGAUCGCGAAUCAGGAGUCGUACGGUGGACUCAUCAUUCAACGUAACAACAGCGCAAGCAAACCUGCAGGCAGCCCUUGCUGCAGCGAGUAUAGAAACCCCGAACAAUAAUACGCCCCCCACCUCUAGUGCCAGCGGAUCUGUGAAUGCCAACGGGAAUGGAACGCUUGAUAUGGCACUUGAUGGGGAAACACCUUCCAUCGAUCCCUCGGAACCGCUUGCGCCUAUAAAGCUGAUAAAAAAGCACAGCGGACCGAAUGGUUGCAGCAAUCAAAAUGGCCAUCCGGGUUCGAAUGGGGUUGUUGCAACGCCUGCCGAUAUGAACCGUUCCACUUCGUCGAGUACGUCGCAACGAUCGUUGCAGAAACAAAUUUGUCCUACCGACGCGACGAAUUUCCUGCUGUUAGCUACGACUUCCUCGAAAACGCUACCGACCGAACCGACACCACCCACGAACAGCAUAACGCUAAACUCGAUCAUCACUGAGUACCUUACGAAUCAGCAUGCCCUCUGCAAGCAUCCGAUGUCCACCUGUCCUCCAUUUGAUUUGUUUAAACCCCACAAGUGUCCCGAUCCGCGUCCCAAUCGCAUGUCCGGAUUAGCUAACAACUUUACGGCUCGAUUUUACCGCCGGCAAGCGGGAUUCACCUCUCGGAGGUUUGAUCGCCGAUUGGUACAUUCGAGCUUUUCCGCCUCCAGAAUGCUGCGUACGCCCGAGUUGGACUACUGCUUUACCGCCUGUGAUUUUACGCCAUGUGGUACGAAGCUGAUUAUCGGAUCGCAAUCGGGUGAGGUAAAAAUUUUCAACCUCAACGAUACGAACGAGGAGCACAGCUUUAGCUGUCACGAGGCGGCCGUUGCGUCUACGAAAUGCAGCAAAGACGGCUCGUUAUUGCUCACGUCAGCACUUUGGCGAUAUCCAAUAUCAGCGCUAUGGACGCUCGAGGACAAUCGGUUAACACAAAAGCUCCUGUGGGACGAGGAAGACUACGUGGAGUUUGCCAAUCUAUCCUCCGAUAAGGUGUUGGCUACGACCAAUGAGAUUGUCACUAUCUACGACAUUCACACGGGUCAAAAGCUAAUGAAAUUCGAACCGGCCAUCGCAAACCAUUACACGAAAAAUCGUGCCACAUUCUGUCCAACGGACGAGCUUAUCCUAUCAGACGGUGUGCUCUGGGAUGUGACGUCCGGCAAGGAAAUUCACAAGUUUGACAAGCUGAAUCAGAACAUUUCGGGUGUGUUUCAUCCAAAUGGGCUCGAAAUCGUAGAAAACACCGAAGUAUGGGACCUUAGGACGUUCCAUUUGCUCCGCACGGUGCCAUCGUUGGACCAAACGCACGUGAAGUUCUCACCGCAGAACGUGAUGUACGGCUUGACACUGGAGAAGGAGGAAUCGGAGGUGACGGAAGUCGCCGCGUACCAGACGAGCUUCAAGGUGCUGGAUAGUUAUGAUUACUCGAGCAUUGCCACAAUCGACGUGAAGCGCAAUAUCUCUGACCUAGCCGUCAAUCGGUAUGGCAGCCAGAUAGCCGUCGUGGAGAAUCAGGGCAUGUUCAACUCGGUACAAGAGUCGGUGGUACGCAUCUACAGCGUGGGUCGAAAGAAAAACAUCGGCGAUGAUCAAGAUGAAGAGGACGAGGAGAUGGAAAACUCGGAGGAUAAUUCUAUAUCGGAAACGGAAUCUGUGGGUUCUUCUUCGUCGAACAGCGAUGAAGACGGAGACGAGGACGACGAUAACGAUGAUGAUGACGACGACGAUGGUGACGGUGAUAACAACAAUGACGAGGAGGAUGGUGAUGAAGAUGAGGAACAUGAUGGUGGCGGUGACGAUUCCGAUGAUUCGUCCUGGACGACGGCAUCGGAUGUGGAAGAUUAUCUGUUUGGAUAUCGCUGAACCCGGCGUGAAAGCAUCGUACGUGUGUGUGU